AUGACCGCGGUGCGCCUGUCACCGGCAGCGAACCUGCUUCGACAUUCCAAACUCUUCGCUGUCCCAUCACCAUUAUCUCUUCCAGCAACUGAACCUUCGUCCGAACCCAUUGCACACUCCGACACAGCAACCACCCCUUACCCCAUUCGAGCGGCCUUUGAGACCCCGACAUCUUCAUUGCAUAGAGGAGAUUGGGGCUUGAAAAGAUCACUUCCAGUCGCCACCACAACGAAGUCGGGCACGCCAGUCAUUCGGAUUCAAGGAGGAAUUGAUACCCCCGAGCACAUUGCCGAUUUCGAGUCUGCCGCAGAUCAUGUCUUGACCCUUCGCAAAUACCAAGAGCUGAAUCUCAGAGUGACCCUUCCAGCUCCAAGAGAAUGGAGGUCAAAUGUGCGUACGAGUGCCUUCCAUCCCGAGGUGGAUCACUCGGCGGAUACAGCUCUACCGAAGCUCAACAAGAGUAAUGCGCCAUCUUCGUGGCUUCAAAUGGGCUCUGCUGAGCGGGCGGCCCAAAUGCCAAAGCAUCUAAAAGAUACCCUGGAGGAGAUCGCCAAGGUCAAGGCUGCGGAAGCUGGAUCUGAAGCUACUCCAGCAAGUCAACCGCCGCCCACCCGACCACCGUCAUCGAUUCCUGCGCAAACCCGGCGACGAUGGCGCUACUCUGGUCCAUAUUUGGCAGGAAUGAAUGGAAUGGAGUUUGACGCGUUUCUAAACAAAAUUACGAGAGAAAAGAAAGCGGCUUUUCGGGCUUAUGUCAAAGAACAUAUGCGCAUGCAGCGCUUCGAUCAGAAGCGUGCGGAAGCUCUUGACCAAGGUCGCGGUAACACUGCAGUUCAUGACACCGCCGAGAUUACUGACGAAGAUGUCACACGAUAUCUUCGAUACCUACGUUCUGAGCCGGGUAAGUUUGGCCCGUUAAUCGUCGAAUUUUUCGAUCUUGCAGAUGGUCCAAAACCCACCCCGGAAACCACCGAACCUUGGUCAUAUGGACGUGAUACGAUCUCUGCAGAUCCGUACAAGGAAUCUGGACCUCCCAGAACCCAUCCCUCUGCUGGGUUAUCCUAUCUCAAAUCCGACAUGUUUUCUCCAAACGACAUAACGGUUGGCCCCAGCGCAACCCGCCAUCCUGUCCCGGCUCGACUUCUGAAAUCCAAUCCUAUCACUCACGGCAAAAACAUGCCAUAUAUCGGUGUGGCUGGAUUUGUUGUCCCGCAACCUAGCUACACCUCAUUGACGGACUUCAAUUGGAAAUGGGAACCCAAAAAGGAUGGUCCCAAGUUUGUCGUUACUCCCACAAUCACCACGAUUUCACAAGCUGGGAAAGUCGAGAUUCAGAGCAAAAUUCAGCCGAAAUGGCAUUUGGAGGAUGAUUUUCCUGUUAACAGCGCGGACAGGAAAGCCAGGGGAGACGCGACUACCACGACGACCAAUAUUUCAUCUUCACAGCUUCCGAACCUGGACAACCGUGGUCCGAGAAAUCGAUAUUCACGGUAUCGGUUUACGCCUGAACCCAGUCAAGAUAUUAGCGCGGAGUUGGAUAUAAUGACGCGAGAAGCAUCCAGGUCUCUUGGAAGGAAAAUUAUUUAG